AUGAACUAUAAGUUGGCAGACUUCAUUAGCAAUUACCUCAAUGAGUAGAAACUAUUAACUGAGAAAUACACUAGACUUUUCAAUCAGAUUAAACUUGGAGAUAGCAGUUUCAAUAAAAGCAGUGGUCCCUAAUUAAAUUUGAAGAAGAGAUCUCACAACUAGGAUUAUUUGUAUAAUUCAAACAAGGAAAAAACGAAUUGUUAAUACUGCGGUAAACAGUAUACAAGCAAAAUGCCUUUGAGGAAUCAUAUAAAGAAGUAUCAUAUUUAGGAAAAUUACACGUCAAAAAAUGAACUCUCAACAAAAUAAAGUACACCUUAUGAUGAUUAUGAUGAAAGGAAGCAAGAUUAUUCAAGAAGAGAGGACAGUUACAAUGAAGCAGAUGAGGAAUUGAGACAAAAGUUGCUUAGGAAUGUUCAAGCUAUAGAGAAGAGGGAUAAUGGAAGUCAAUCGAUGCUGGAGAAGUAGGAUCAAGAUUUUUUUAUUAGUGGAUUGGAUUCAGAUUCAAGUUCAGAGGAUGAAUGA